UCUUUACAUUCAUGGCGAUCGGCGGCUUCCCCUCCUUCGUGGAAGACAUGAAAGUGUUCAACAAAGAAAACCUGAACGGGCACUAUGGGUGCGGGGCAUUUGCCAUUGCCAACACACUUUCUUCCCUGCCAUACCUCUUUCUGGUGUCACUCAUUCCAGGAAUGAUUGCUUAUUUCCCAGUAGGGCUUCAAAGGGAGUUUGGGCACUUUGCAUACUUUGCCUAGGUCAUUCUCAUGAACAUGUUGCUAGUAGAAAGCUUGAUGAUGAUCAUUGCCAGCCUGGUGCCAAACUACCUAAUGGGAAUCAUCACCGGAGCCGGAUUACAGGCGCUGAUGAUCCUCGGCGGCGGCUACUUCCGGCUGCCCAAAGAUCUACCAAAGCUGUUCUGGCGGUACCCAAUAUAUUACAUCGACUUUCAGAGGUUCGCUUACCAUGGCCUAUUCAAGAACGAGUUCCUGGGGCUGAGAUUGCAAACGGAAACCGGUUGGAUCAUCAUCACUGGAGAAGAAAUUUUGAGGGAUGAAUUGCAGGUUGAAAUGGGUCAUUCAAAGUGGAUUGAUCUCUUGGUUUUGAUGGUGAUGGGAGUUGUGUGUAGACUGGUUUUCUUGUUGGUUGUGAAGAUGAGUGAAAGGGCUAAACAUGUUGUGAAAGCAGUGAUAAUGAGAGUUUCACCAAAAGAAAGUCACCAGGUUGUAGCCACCUACCCUUCUUCUACACCUUCCCAUACACCCAGUGCUAUUAUAAGGUUUCUAAACAUAUAA